AUCCAGUUUCUGUGCAUGCAAAGCUGUCCUGAGUGACUGCCAGAGCCCAGGGCUGAUCUAAGACCCUGCCUGAGCGAGCCUCCAGGGCCUCUCUGGACUCUGUACUUCCAGCUUCUUGAGGCCAUAUGCUACUUCUCCUGUUUCUUAUUACUGUCACUCAAACAAUCCUUCCCAGGAUUGGAUGCUGAGAAUUGGUUCGUUUUGUUUUUCUGGAUCUUUCUAGGAGACCUCAAGUAUGGAAAUAACAUGACACCAGAAGAUAGUGGCAAGUGUCAGCCCUGUUCCUGGGUUACUGCUGUAAUUAUAAGUAUUUCCAAUUUGCCCCAAAUAUUUUGUGAAACUUCCCAGAAGCUGGUGAGUGUGGAGGCCUUUGCUUUGGCUCUGAGAUAUUAUUCUGUACAAAACUUGGGAAUAUGUACUCCCUCUGAACAGUUGCUUGCAGCCCUUCGAGGAAAUCAAACACAGAGAACUGGUGAAAAUGUGAAACCAGAUGAGUUUAUGAAUUUGAAAAAGUCUCAUGAAGUUCAGGCUAUGUCAGAGCUGAUCAGCAGUAUUGCUGAUUACUGUGGAAUAAAGCAGAUAAUUGACCUGGGUUCUGGAAAAGGCUACCUAAGCUCUUUUUUGUCCUUGAAGUAUGGCUUAAAAGUUUAUGGAAUUGAUUCCUCAAAUACCAAUACUCACGGAGCUGAGGAGAGAAACAGGAAAUUGAAGAAACAUUGGAAAGUCUAUCAUACGCGGUCAAAAUUAAAUGCCAAUGGACUGGCAUUAAAAAUGGCAAAAGAAAGGAAAGUGCAAGAUGAAAGUAAAUAUAAAGUAGAUAUUGAGGAAAUAUGUAACAACAGCCCUACAAAUCAAGGAAAGAUGUCUACCUCGGAUUUUUUGCCAGAUUUUUCGGCAAAAUCACAUCAAGAAGAAAAUUUGUGUUUUGAAAAUGCCUUUUCUCUUAUUGACCUUUUGCCUAUUAAUGCCAUAGAAACUACUUCAUUGCAAACAUCUAAGACGAAAAUGUCUGAAACAAAUAAAGAGAGAAGAAAAAUGAUAUCAAAGUCAAGUGACUCAAAUAUAUACUCACCUUUAACAUCUUUUAUCACUGCUGAUUCGGAACUACAUGAUAUUAUUGAAGAUCUGGAGGAGUGUUUGAUAGUAGGUCUCCAUACUUGCGGUGAUCUUGCUCCAAAUACUCUGCGAAUAUUUACUGCCAAGUCUGAAAUCAAGGGAGUUUGCAGUGUUGGUUGUUGUUACCACCUCUUAUCUGAAGAAUUUGAAAACCUGCACAAAGAAAGUACCCAAGACAAAUGGGGAUUUCCAAUGUGCCGUUAUUUAAAGGGAGAGAGGUGGUGCUGUGGUCGUAACGCCAGAAUGUCAGCAUGUUUGGCAUUGGAACGGGUUGCGGUUGGCCAAGGGCUACCUACAGAAUCCCUCUUCUAUCGAGCCAUCCUUCAGGAUAUUAUUAAAGAAUGUUAUGGCAUCACCAAAUGUGAUCAGCAUGUUGGUAAAAUUUAUUCCAAAUCCAGUUCCUUUCUGGACUAUGUCAGGAAGUCUCUAAAGAAGCUUGGAUUAGAUGAGUCCAAGCUGCCGGAAAAAGUUAUAAUGGACUACUACGAGAAGUAUAAGCCUAGGAUGAAUGAGCUGGAAGCUUUUAAUAUGUUGAAAGUUGUUCUGGCUCCUUGUAUUGAGACACUGAUUCUUCUGGAUCGCCUUUGCUAUCUGAAAGAGCAGGAAGAUAUUGCAUGGUCUGCACUUGUGAAGUUAUUUGAUCCCGUGAAAUCUCCCAGAUGUUACGCUAUUAUUGCUCUGAAGAAGCAGCAAUGAUUUCAGUUGAAGCAAGGUAUUAGAUGUAUCUGUUUGUGGAAACUAUCGCUAAUUUUGCUCUUCUAAACAUUUAUGAUGUGUUUUGUAAAUAUUUGAAAAACAUUGCUCUAUAUUUUAAAUAAACAAUAAAAUAAUAGCUAACAACAGAA